AUGUCUAUUCAAGUAGAAAAUAACUUAAGAGAAAUAGACGAUAAAAAAGCAUUUGAACAACGCGUUCACUAUAUACCUUGUAAAAUUGAUGAGGAUGGCCCAGCUAAUGUAGACAAAUAUUUUGAACCAUACGUAGUUGAAAACGACGAAAAAGACUUAACUGCUACUUAUCGUGGGCACCCGCUCGAUGGAGUGAAGAUAUCAGUUCCUGAAGGGUAUCGAGGUAUUAUUGUGACUGAAGCCAAGAGACCCCUUAAUGAGGAUGCCGAGAGAAAAUUUCAGGUUGCAGGUGGCUUCAGUGAUAUAACUUACUGGAACUGGGAUAAAAAACCAUCAAAGAAUGAUAAUAUUGUUAAAGCAAUGGACUGGAUAGAUAUUGCUGAAAUAGUAAGUAAAUGUUUUGAAGGCAAAAUCUAG